AUGCCUCCAUUUCCUCCCAGUUCAGCAUGUGGUGCACAAGAAGAACCCCAGCAGCAGCAACCGGUGAUCAUACCCAGCAGCACUACCCUGCGCUGGAACCCCUCUCCUACAGACACUAGAUGUCGGGUUAAUGAGGACGCUGAGUGCAGGUUUCAGCAGCUGUCAGGUUCAGUACACAAGGUGGGGAUGGUAUUGGACUCGGUACAAACUGAUGUUAUUCAGUUAAACAGAACCAUGAAGGACGCAUCGGUUGAAUCUGGUGGUGUGCAGCAAAAGUUUGAUCUCCUAGAGGAUACACUUCAGAAAAUUAUUAAAGGACAAAAUGAUCUCAAAGUACUUGCUGAAAACAGCAUGAAAAGCAACUCUGAUCAGCUGAAUGUUCUCAACUCUCGCACCAGCAAAUUGAAUGAGAUGUCUUUGGUCGUUUCAGUCUGUCCAAAACAAGUGCAAGCAGAUUUAAGAGAGCUGCAUGGUGACAUCUUCAGGGUUCUUACAAAGGACAUGGAGGGGGUUGUUAGAGAUAUCAGGUCUCUGAAUACUAGGCCUGCUGCAAUGUCAAUGCUGCCAAACCCAAUGCUAGCAAAAGGAAGUCCCUUGAUGAAUGGAGUGUCUGUAGCAAAUAGAAGACCUACAAUGAACCAGACACCAGCAGCAAAUGAACGACCCCUGAUGAACCAAUCACCAGUCGCAAAUGGAAGGUCUACAAUGAACCAGACACCAGUAGCAAAUGGACGAUCCCUGAUGAACCAAACACCAGUGAAAAAUGGAAGCCCCAUGACGAUUCCAGUAGGAGAUGGAAGGUCCCAGCUGAAACAAACACCGGUAACAGAUGGAACGCCCCCGAGGGAUCUAACACCAGAGAUAAAUGGAAGGCCCCAGAAGGACCGAAUACCAGUAGCAAAUGGAAGGCCCCAUAUGGAACAAAUACCGGCAACAAAACCCCUUCCUGCACGUUCCACUUAUGCUACGAGGGCGUCAGUUCUGAAGCCAAAGGUAGAAGAGGGUAUGGUAAAAGCAGCUCACAUGGUUGGUACAAGCUACAGGCUAGCACCUGCACAGAAAGAGAAGUUGAAUCAAAAGGUCAAUCCCCAAGAGACAACUAAGAAGGAACCAGUUAAAAUAAUCAUCGAUGAUUCUGAACAUGGAACCAGCGGGGCGAAAGCCUUUCUCGGCCAAGAGAGGGAGACCCUGAUGAACGGAACGUCUGUAGCAAACGGAAGACCUACAGUGAACCAGACACCAGUAGCAAAUGGACUACCCCUGAUGAACCAAACACCAGCGGAAAAUGGAAGCCCCAUGAUCGCCAACCAGGCUCCAGUAGGAGAUGGAAGGUCCCAGCUGAAACAGACACCGGCAACAGAUGGAACGACCCAGAGGGAUCUAACACCAGAGAUAAGUGGAACUCCCCAGAAGGACCAAAUACCAGUAGCAAAUGGAAGGCCCCAUAUGGAACAAAUACCGGCAACAAAACCCCUUCCUGCAUGUUCCACUUAUACUACAAGGCUGUCAGUUCUGAAGCCAAAGGUAGAACAGGGUAAGGUAAAAGCAGCUCACAUGGUUGGUACAAGCUACAGGCUAGCACCUUCACAGAAAGAGGAGUUGAAUCAAAAGGUCAAUCCCCAGGAGCCAACUAAGAAGGAACCAGUUAACAUAAUCAUCGGUUCAGAUAAUGACAAUAAAGGGUGCACUUCCGGGGGGAUUCUGAACAUGGAAGCAGCUGACCUGAGGAAGGAAGUCGGCAGCGAGUCGGGCCCGCAGCUUGUGUGGGGGGCGAGGAAGAUGAGGACGAGCAGCGAGACGCUGCCCAUUGAUGCCGCCACCUUGCUGCCAGGAGAAGGGGAGAAGAGGAGGCGGGGACCUGGACGAGACACACAGAAGGGCGAGGCUGUUCAUGCGGUUGAAGCCACUCCAGCAAAGCGGGCUCAUCGGUUCAACCCCAAGUACGACGCGACCCUGUGGAUCACCUGCUGA